AUGAAAGAUCUUGGUCCUCUAAGUUAUUUCUUGGGUCUUGAAGUUUCAUCCAACUCAGAUGGCUACUAUCUUUCUCAGGCAAAGUAUGCUUCUGAUUUGCUUUCUCGAGCUGGGAUCACAGACAAUAAGACUGUUUCGACUCCCUUGGAACCAAAUGUCAAGCUUACUCCUAUGGAUGGUUCUCCUCUCUAUGAUCCUACUCUCUGUCGCCAACUUGUUGGGAGCCUGAUCUAUUUAACUGUGACACAGCCUGAUAUUGCCUAUGCAAUUCACUUGACCAGUCAGCUUAUGGCCACUCCUCGCACAUCUCACUUCUCUACCGUUCUUCGGAUACUUUGCUAUGUGAAGGGGACUCUCUUUUAUGGACUUCAUUUUUCAUCUCACUCUUCUCUAGUACUAUCUUGGUAUUUUGAUGCAGAUUGGGCUGGUGAUCCUACAGAUCGUCGUUCCACCACUGGUUACUGUUUCUUUUUGGGUAACUCAUUUAUUUCUUGCCGCAGCAAUAAGCAGACUGUCCCGGCUCGUUUUAGUAUAGAGUCAGAAUAUUGUGCCCUUAUAGAUGCUACUACGGAGUUACUUCGACUUUGUCAUUUAUUAGAAGAUAUGGGUCUCUCGCACUCAUCUUCUAUUGCUCUUCAUUUUGAUAAUCGAAAUGCUAUUCAGAUUGCUCAUAAUAAUGUGUUUCAUGAGCGCACUAAACACAUUGAGAUUGAUUGUCAUUUUAUUCGUCAUCAUGUUACUCUUG